UUUAUUUGCCUGACAAAGUCAAAGUUCAAAAUAGGACAAAAUGCCAAUAUUUAAUUUUGCAAAAUUUUGCAACCAUAAAAAGUUGACAUUAUAGCAUUUAGUGACUUUUAAGAGGGUCUUGUAGUGUAUAGUUUAUUUAUUAGAUCUCAAAUGAUGUUGCGAGGGCAGGUUUUGAACCGUUCAGUCCGCAAAAACACCCAAAUUCGUAUGAAAUCUAGCGGAUUCAUAAGAAGUUCUUUUAUAGACUAUUUUGUAAAUAAACAUGGUCAUAAAAAUAUUAAGUCUAGUUCCGUUGUUUCUCUAUGUGACCGUACAGUGCCUUUCGUGAAUGCUGGUAUGAACCAGUUUAAAGGAAUUUUUCUCGGCCUCGCAAACGCUCCAUGCCCUCGAGUAGUAAACUCUCAGAAAUGUGUCAGAGUAGGUGGUAAACACAAUGAUCUCGAUCUUGUCGGAACAGACGGACAUCAUCACACUUUCUUUGAGAUGCUGGGGAACUGGUCAUUCAACAAUUAUUACAAGAAAGAAGCAUGCCAAAUGGCAUGGGACUUGUUACUGGGUCCAUACAGAAUGAAGCCAGAGAGUCUGCUGGUGACCUACUUCUCCGGCGACGCUGUUAUAGGACUGCAGGAGGAUAAAGAGUGCAGAGAUAUAUGGAAGAAGAUUGGAGUACCGCAAAAUCGUCUCAAAGGCCAUGGAGCGAGGGACAAUUUUUGGGAGAUGGGUCCGUCGGGGCCAUGUGGUCCCUGCACUGAAAUACACUACAUACAUCCAGACGGUAGUCUUACAGAAAUAUGGAAUCUAGUCUUCAUACAAUGCAACAGGGAGGUAGAUGGCUCUGUGACAGCCCUGCGCCAUCAUCACGUUGACACUGGUCUUGGUCUGGAGCGACUCGCGGCUGUCCUUCAGGGCGUGCCCUCCAACUACGACACGGAUCUCUUCAGACCUCUCAUAAAAACUAUUGAAAAGUCUGCCAAAGUCCCUGUGUACGAAGGUCGCUUCGGCGAGGGCGCAGAGCUAGACACUAGCUACCGGCGGCUGGCGGACCACGCUCGGCUCCUGGCUAUCUGUCUCGCGGAUGGAGCCCUACCCUCAACAAAUCUGAACGUUAAGCAAAUCAUGCGAAGGUCAUUCAAGCUCAGUACCGACGUAUUCAAAAACCAAAACCUGGUGAAUAUUUUAUAUGACGAGGUAGUUUCAACGCUAGGAGACACUUAUCCGGAACUGAUCGCCAAAGAGAGGGAGGCUAAGCUCAUAAUAGAACAGGAAAAAGAAAAUUAUACGAAAUUGAGAGCUGAUUUGGCCAAGAAAUGGAAGAAUUUGGCCAAGAGAUAUCCUGAGGUUGAGGCGUUGAGUGAUAUAGAGAUAUCAGGCUUUGCUUUGGGAUACGAGGAGUUUAAAGAAACAAUGACGAAAAUUAAUUCAAAAGUAAUACCAGGGGAUCUGGUGUUCAAAAUGUACGACACUCAUGGCUUCCAAGAAGACGUUAUAGAAAGAAUAGCAAAGUUAAAUAAUAUGGAGAUAGAUAAAAAGGAGUUCUGGAAACUUCUGACCAAUCACAAGCUGAGGCACAAGACGGCCUUCAAAGAACAAACGUCCAAGAACGGUAUAAAGUUCGACAAAGCCGUAGAGAAACUAGCGGAAAGCGGCAUCAGACAUACAAACGACUUGCCAAAAUACGACUUUAUGUACUCGGACAAUAAAGUCACUUUUCGUCCUUUGAAAACUAAAUUAGUAGGAAUUCUGAACGAAGACGGCGAAUGGCUUGACUUCUCGGAGCCGUGCGAAAAUAGACCUUAUUACUUGGUUACCGAGAGCACAAACUUUUAUUGCGAGGAGGGAGGUCAAGCGGCAGACGACGGGGUCGUUCGGAUCAGAGAAAAUAUUGGCUUCAAUGUCCACAGCGUCUUCAAAAUACGAGGCAUUAUAUUCCAUAAGGGAGAAUUCAGUUUGAAAAGCGCGGACAACAUGUACGUGUCUAUUGGACUGGACGUUAGUAUGGCCAUUAACAGAGAGAAGAGACUGAGCACGAUGAGGAAUCACACGGGGGUGCAUCUGUUGAACGCCGCUGUCAGGAAGGUGUUGCCAGAUAGCGUCAUCUCUCAGACAGGGUCCAGUGUCACUGACAGAGGGCUCUCAUUGAGUUUGUCCAUCUACGGCGAGAAAUUAUCGCCGAGGGCUGUUGAAGAUGCACAGGAAUUAAUAAGCUCGAGUAUAUCAGCGAACGUGCCAAUCCUGAGCCGUACCCUAUCAACCACGGAGCUCUCCGGGGAGGCGGACAUACUCACAGUGCCGGGGGAAGUGUACCCUGAAACCGGGUUAAGAAUGGUCUCGUGCCCGCAGCCCCUGGCUUCUAAGGAGCUCUGUUGCGGUACCCACGUACCUUCAACAGGUGAGCUGCAAUCCCUGCUAGUGACGUCAGUGCGCGCCAUGGGUUCCAGGUCCCCCACUAUAUACGCGCUGACCGGUUCCGCUGCGAUGCAGGCCCGCGAGCUGUUCUGCCGCGUUCAGAAGCUGGCGGAGGUCAUUGAACUGGCUGAGCCGUCGAGGGUUGACGAGGAGGUUGCUUCCAUCAGACAUCAGCUGAAGGAUCUGUGCGGGAGCAGCGGCACCCCGGCCGGGGACUAUCACAGGAGUCUGCAGCUGAUGGACCACUUGAAGAAGGCAGCCGCUAACAGAAACGAUGCCGCACUCCUAGACAUAGCUCGUACUGAGAUCGAUGAAGCGUGUUCCGAAGCCCAGCGAAGCGGACGCCGCUUCACGGUGCACUUCCUGCGUUGUUCAUAUCUCAUGCGAAGUGACGCUGCGAGGAGUGUGCUGGCUGGCCGAGGGAGCGCGGACCCUCACAACUCCUGGGGACCUGUCAUGCUGAUAGGGUGUGCGGGGGGUGUUGUCAUAGCAACCGCCAAAGUACCACAGGAGCUGGUGACGUCAUCGUUCACGGCUGACAAGUGGUUGUCCUGUAUACUGCCGAUAUUCGAGGCCACCGUACUGCCACCCACUGAGCAGUUCUCGACGCUCACCCACGCUGAGAUGAGCGCCACUAAAGUAAGCCUCAUAAACUGCGAGCAGAUGGUCCAGGACGCUAUGAGGGUAGCCAUCAAGUAUGCGCAGGCGCACCUCAAGGACGACGAGAGAAAGACAGACAUACGACACAACUAGACAUAUAUAAGAUGGUGCUGAGACACAUACAAGCAUAUAUAGAUACUUGUAUGUAAAGAAAGAGACUAAUUUAGAAGUAUAAUUUCGCAACACAAUGUAACUUUUUGUCCCGAAUAGAAUUAAUUUAAACGUAGAUUUAUAAUAUUCAUUAUUUUAUUAUGUGAAAUUAUUUUCUGUCAUUUAUCAGGAGACUGGCGACGAUCGCCUCAACGAAAAUGUUAGAAUUCUGUUCAGUUAACCUCUAGUCUGAUUCAUUAAAUAAUGAAUUGAU